GACCGACUCCCCCACACUCAACCAUCAACCAUCGACGGCAGCAGGCAUAUCUUUUCGCACAUCCGGAAUGAUGGCUCUCAACCGUUUUCAAACCAACGAUUGCUUCUACUACAACACCACUGAUAACUAUAUCCAGUGCCAUGAUUCCCGUCAGAGAGAAAUAAGGAUCGCCACUGAUGAUAUAGUAUGCAUAAUCCCCAAACACGAGACUAUCGGAAAUGGCUAUACCAUGCUGUUUCUCGGGCGAAGACCCCGGGGUGCCAGUGGUGAUCUCCAGGAUGAUUGCGAGCGUCUGGAGUCGGUUCUGUUUAGCUCUUUGCCACCGGAGCUACUCUCACUCCACCUGUGCGAGUCUGUUCCUUGUCACCUCCAGACCUGCGGUUGUGAGACAAGAGAGGUACAUGUCAUACUAUCUACUCUUUCAGGAACGGGGAGGGCCAAACACAUCUACCACCAUGUCUUACAGCCUCUUCUCCGGCAUUUUGGAUUGACUGAUUACGAUGUUCACGAAACAGACUCGCCGUACACAAUCACCGAUCUGUGCAGGUCCAGGUUUAUCUUGAAUGCCGAGUCUGGAGUUGCGCAGACGAUUAUUCUUCUCUCCGGGGACGGUGGUCUGACCGAUAUUGUCGAUACCUUUCACACUGCCCUGAAAACACCUUCAUAUCCUCCUACGAUUGCUCUGAUCCCGGCAGGCACAGGGAAUGCAAUGGCAAGCUCGGUUGGAAUCGCCUCUCGGCCAGUUUCAGCGUUGGUGACCCUGCUGCGAGGAACGCCUAAGCCUAUACCCGUCUUCAGCGCUACAUUUUCACCCGGCGCCCAGUACAUUACUGGGAAGGGUCGUUCUCGGGCUCAUAUCGCUGAUAAGUCGACGAAUGAAAGCCUUCCCCCGAGAAUAUAUGGGGCCGUGGUUAUCAGUUGGGGUAUGCACGCAGCAUUGGUAGCUGAUAGUGACACUGUGGAGUAUCGCAGAUUUGGAGCUGAUAGGUUCAAAAUGGCUGCAAAGGAACUUCUUUUCCCGUCGGGUGGUGCUGAGACACAUAAGUACACUGGUACGGUUACCUUCACGAGGGGCGACAGUCAAAACGAGGGCGAGCGCGUGGAAACCAUGGAAACCAGGGAGCACAUGUAUUUGUUGGUGACUCUGGUUCCAAGGCUGGAAGAGACCUUCGUGAUCUCUCCGGAAUCGAAGCCACUGGACGGCUGUCUUCGAAUGGUUCAUUUCGGCCCGUUACCCCCGCAGCAUGCCAUGCAACUGAUGAGCCACGCCUAUCGCGAAGGUCAACAUGUAAAAGAGGACCAGGUUUACUAUUCCGAGAUUACGAGGCUUAGGAUUGAUUUCGACGAGAAGGAUGAGAAAUGGAGACGGGUGUGCAUUGAUGGCAAGAUCGUUGUUGUCGAAGAGGAGGGCUGGGUUGAGGUGAACACAGGCAAUAGAUGUGCAUUAAACUUAUUAGUACCUUCGGACAUGUAACUGUGUCAUUGUCCGUUGGGCAAUACAUAUAAUCAUGAAGAGCGAGAGUAGCAAGCACUUGGGAACUUGUCCUUUACAUGUUGCCACGCCUGUGAAAGCAGUCGCAUUGACGAGAAAU